CAUGGCCUUACCAAGAUAUUGCUCUGCGACGUCGUGGGGGACGGCGGUGUCCUCGGCAGUGUCAAUCUUCCCGCACGCCUUCAGGCUCGCGAGCAGGAGCGACAGCUCGCGGCAGGAGGUGUGCUACAGCCUGCUCAUGUCCAGCCGAAUGGUGAUAUCGUUGCGACGUCCUCCGAGGCAUAUGGUGACAAGAUGGAGGUGCUGUUCUGGCGCGGGGCGGACGUUCCGAAGUCCCUGGAGCCAGCCGCGAGCCUCACGCUCGAUUGCGGAGUCGAGGGCGGCGAUGAGGUCCACCCGACAUGCAGCGCACCUCUGGACGAAAAGACGUUCUUGCUCCCCGUCUACGAGGCGCUCGGUAGCUUUCUCCAGAUAGGGUCCGCCUGCCAGACGUCGAUCUACGCCAUCGACACGGAGACCAUGACUAUCCGGUGGCACGCGAAGCCCAUCGGAGGCUGGGUGCACACCAUUCGGUACGUCGCUGCGCUGGACGUCAUCGUCGCCUUCGGACGGCACCAACAUGACGACGACCAGAAGCGCGACACGUUCGGGUACGUAGUUGCCCUCGACCCCGCGACUGGCAGCGAGCGGCGGAUGGAGACGAUCAGCCAUGGCGUGCAGGGUAGUCCAGUGGAAUACGGCGGCCUUAGUCGGAUCGCAGAUGACUUCGUAGUCGUCGUUGUUUUCGACGACGGGUCAACGUGCGCUGUCGAGUUGACACAUUUUCUCGAGCAUGGCUUCCCGAGGGAAGGGGAGCGUUUAGUGGUUUCCAGGCCGCAGCUGGGAGAGGUGUCCAAUGUCCAAGAAAUAGCCGUAACUGGGCAGACGGUGAUUGCUACCGUCGGCCAUUGGAGCGAGCAUCGUAGCUUGUAUUUCACUUUCCCGUAAAAUUACCCGGGACAUUACAUGGCAUGGAAUGAAGGGGGAGUGAUUCGUCCAAAGUACUAUGUUGUUUCUCCUGAUUGAGUCACUUGUGCGUACUGCUGUACUGAUGCUUGUUCUUCGCUUGAAACAGUUAGGCUGGACGACGAUGAGUAAAAACCGACAGGAAAGCAAGUACCAAGCUGGCUACUCUCUCGUAGCAC